UUUUUAUCUAUCAGCUAUGAUUAAAUCUAACAAAUCUAAAUGGUUUAAAAUAUACUUAACAUCUGUCAUGUGACACUAAAUCAAUUGGCUUGCAGUAGUUAUAUCUCUUUUAUUAAAAAAAAAAAAGUAAUAAAAUGAAGCACCCCUUAUGCAUAAUUUUUUCAGUUUCAUUAGCCACUUAUUAAUUUUAAUAUUUUUCCAAUUUAAAUUAUGAGUAAACAAAUUUUUAGUAAUUCAUUCUGCUAGCCAUUAUAAAUCCAAAUCCACAAAUAUACAAAUUGUUUGAGUUCAUAUUAAGCCUUUUUUUUUAAUAAGAAAAAGGAAAAAAUCUUUUACACCUCUAUUUACACUCCCACAAAAUUGGACCACCUUAAAUAUGUAUCUAGUUUAUCUACUAGACUUGAAAUUCACGCAUGCUAGUCAUGCAAAACUACGCUAAUAAGGUUAAGGUAAGUUGGUGCAAAAUCCUACAGCAACCAGGAAAUCAAAUCCAACCAGUAAUUAGUUUCCUAUUCCAAUAUAGAAUUUGUUUCUGCUCUUUCUAUAUAUAACGGUGUCGCAUUCUUUACUAAGUGGGUAGUUCUUUGAGUCGCUUUGCUCAGUAUUCACAUAAUUCUUUUCUCCAAGACUCUGCUGUCUUUCUUCUCCUCCACUUCUGUUGUCAAUUUAUUAAUAAUGCACAGGGAUAGGCAUCAUCAUCUCACGGUCGCCCCUAUGACGCCGCAGGACAUGGAGAAACAUAUUCACUCUGCAGGCCUGAACGCAUCAUCCUUGCAAGUCUACUUCAACUUAUCUUACCAAGUCGAGCACCAAUCUGUUCUUGUUCAUGCCGAUGGUAGACAAGCCUUUCUUGGUUCCACCGCUAAUCAAUUUGCUGUCGUAGAUUCCUUCUUUUUUGAUUUUGGGUUGCUUAGUAGCUAUCAGGCGUCGUUCAAACAUCUUUCACCUAUUUUUGCUCGUUUACUGAUAGAUUCAAGUUUCCAUGAGAUAUUGGUUUUUCAGAUAAUACAGGAAGUUGCUCAGCUAAUUACAACAGGUGAUGCAUCAAAGACUAGCAAUUUCAUGCCCUUCAAUAUCAAUGUACUGAAGCACUGCAUCCAUAUAUAUCAGGAAGAAGAGCUGAUUGAUCAUGUUAUAAGUCAGUCGAGGGAAGAAUAUGAAAUCAGAAAUUUCGGUAUGGUGCCGACUGCUCCAAAGUCUAGGAAAUUGAAGUGUGUGAAAAUGAGUGAGACUGAGACUACUGCUUACGAAGGUUCGAAGGAGGGUAAAAGCCAAAUUUGUACGGUAUGCUUGGAGGAGCUCGAGGAUUUUGCUGCUGCGAUGCCCUGUGGUCAUCUGUUCCAUGGCGCUUGUAUCCACAAAUGGUUGGAGAAUAGCCAUUAUUGUCCUCUCUGCCGCUAUGAAAUGCCUACUAAGACGUGAUUUAUUAUUUACUGUUCUUGGGAUGUUAGGUUUCUCUGAGUUU